AUGAAGAGCGUCGGCGAGGUGAUGAGCAUUGGAAGAACGUUUGAAGAGGCGAUCCAGAAGGCCAUCCGAUCGGUUGAUUACCACAAUCUGGGUUUCAACGAGACCAACGCUCUCAUGUCCAUCAAGACCGAACUCCAAACACCCUCGGACCAACGCCUCUUCGCAAUUGCCAACGCCAUGCACUCCGGGUACUCUGUGGACGACAUCUGGAAGCUGACGCAAAUUGACAAGUGGUUCCUCCGCAAACUGAAGGGCCUCAGCGACUUUGGCAAGAUGCUUAGCACUUACAAUGCUUCGAACGUGCCUCUUGAUCUCAUCCGCCAAGCCAAGCAGCUAGGAUUUGCCGACCGUCAACUUGCCAAGUUCCUGGGCUCCAAUGAACUCGCCAUCAGACGCAUGCGUGUUGAAGCGGGUAUUUUCCCGGUUGUCAAGCAAAUUGAUACCGUGGCUGCGGAGUUCCCUGCUUUCACCAACUACCUCUAUCUCACUUACAAUGGUUCCGAGCAUGACGUCAAGUUUGAAGACCAUGGGGUCAUGGUGUUGGGAUCUGGCGUUUACCGAAUUGGCUCCUCUGUCGAGUUCGAUUGGUGCUCCGUCAGAACCAUCCGGACCCUUCGCGAGCAGGGCCACAAGACCGUCAUGGUGAACUAUAAUCCCGAAACAGUCAGUACCGAUUACGAUGAGGCAGACAGGCUCUAUUUCGAGAACAUCAACUUGGAGACUGUUCUGGACAUCUAUCAGCUGGAAUCCGCCAGUGGUGUGAUCAUCUCCAUGGGUGGACAGACUCCCAACAACAUUGCUUUGCCCCUGCACCGUCUGAACGUCAAGAUUCUGGGAACCUCUCCCGAGAUGAUUGACACCGCCGAGAACCGGUACAAGUUCUCUCGGAUGCUCGACCGCAUCGGGGUGGAUCAACCCGCCUGGAAGGAACUUACCAGCAUCGAAGAGGCGACUGAAUUCUGUGAGAAGGUCAGCUAUCCUGUGCUGGUGCGACCGUCGUAUGUGCUUUCCGGUGCUGCGAUGAACACAGUUUACUCCAAGGAUGAUCUGGCAAAUUAUCUCAACCAGGCCGCCGAGGUCUCUCGAGAGCAUCCAGUGGUGAUCACCAAGUACAUUGAGAAUGCCAAGGAGAUCGAGAUGGAUGCCGUGGCCCGCAAUGGUGUCAUGGUGGGCCACUUCAUCUCCGAACAUGUUGAGAAUGCUGGUGUUCACUCUGGUGAUGCGACUCUCAUUCUGCCUCCCCAAGACUUGGACCCCGAGACCGUACGACGGAUCGAGGACGCCACGCGGAAGAUUGCCGAUGCUCUCAACGUGACUGGCCCGUUCAACAUCCAGUUCAUUGCAAAGGAUAAUGACAUUAAGGUCAUUGAAUGCAACGUCAGAGCCUCUCGAUCGUUCCCCUUCGUGUCAAAGGUCAUGGGCGUUGAUCUGAUUGAGAUGGCAACGAAAGCGAUGAUCGGCGCCCCCUUUACGGAAUACCCACCGAUUACUGUCCCGAAGGACUACGUGGGCGUUAAAGUCCCUCAAUUCUCCUUUUCCAGGCUGUCUGGCGCCGACCCGGUCUUGGGUGUGGAGAUGGCGUCUACUGGAGAGGUCGCGUGUUUCGGGCGUGAUCGGUACGAGGCCUACAUCAAAGCCCUCAUCUCAACGGGCUUCCGCCUUCCGAAGAAGAACAUCCUGCUGUCAAUCGGUUCUUUUAAGGAGAAACUGGAGAUGCUGCCUUCCAUUCGGAAAUUGCACCAGAUGGGAUUCAACCUGUUCGCCACUGCGGGUACUGCGGACUAUCUGGAAGAGCAUGGCAUUCCCGUCAAAUACCUGGAACUCCUUGCAGGCCAAGAGGAAGAUCUCAAGUCUGAAUACUCUCUCACGCAGCACUUGGCCAACAAUCUCAUCGAUCUUUACAUUAACCUGCCGUCCAACAACCGUUUCAGACGGCCCGCGAACUACAUGAGCAAGGGCUACAGGACCCGUCGUAUGGCUGUGGACUACCAGACUCCUCUUGUGACGAAUGUCAAAAACGCGAAGAUUUUGAUCGAAGCGCUGGCGCGGCAGUAUCAGUUAGAUGUGCUGAACAUUGACUAUCAAACUAGCCAUCGUACUGUGGUGCUGCCUGGUCUGAUCAACAUUGCCGCCUUUGUUCCAGGGCUAGCUCGUCCUGGCUCGAAGGAUCUCCAGGUGGUCAGCAAGGCUUCGAUCGCCGCCGGCUUUACCAUGAUCCGUGUCAUGCCGGUUGGUGUUGACAACUUCGUUACCGAUGCCUCCGCUUUGAAGAUUGCCCAGCAGAAUUCUCAGGAUGGCGCGUACUGUGACUUCAACUUGUCCGUUGCGGCAACUGCUUCCAACUCGGACCAGAUUGGUCAAGUGACGGGCGAAGUGGGCGCUUUGUUCAUCCCCUUCAACCAUCUGUCUGGAAACAUCAACAAAGUCGCUGCCGUCACCAGCCACUUCGCGGCGUGGCCGUCCAGCAAGCCCAUCAUCACGGAUGCGAAGGCAACUGAUCUAGCUUCGAUCCUACUCUUGGCGAGCCUCCACAAUCGUAAUGUCCAUGUGAUGAGUGUGACGUCCAAGGACGACAUCAACCUUAUUGCCCUCAGCAAGGAGAAGGGUCUCAAGAUCACCUGCGACGUUUCGAUCUACAGUCUGUUCCUGUCCCAAGAUGACUACCCUGAAUGUCACUGUCUGCCCACGGCCGAAGACCAGAAGGCCUUGUGGGAGCACUUGGGCACGAUCGACGUCUUCUCGGUUGGCAGUCUUCCAUACCAGCUGGCUGGCAAGAAUGCUAGCCCUACUGUUGGUAUCGCGGAUGCUCUUCCCUUGUUGCUUACGGCGGCCUCCCAGGGCCGGCUGACCCUGGACGACAUCUCUGCAAGGCUCUAUCACAAUCCCAAGAGAAUCUUUGAGCUGCAUGAUCAGCCAGACGCAUCCGUUGAGAUUGAGGUGGACCGUCCUUAUGUGUACCACAAUGACCGUGCCUGGUCUCCUUUCGAAGGCAAGCCCAUGAAAGGAUCGGUCCACAGAGUCGUUUUCCAGGGCAAAACUUCCUGUCUCGACGGAGACCUGUUGCCCGAGGCCGCGAAAGGUGCGGACAUGUCCUCACACCGGAUUGUGCCACCUUCGCCUUCUGUUAAGGCCGUGUCGCCCAAGGUGUAUCCCCGACCUGACAGUUCGAUUGAACGCCGGCUCUCGAUGUCUGGCACCCCGGUUCGGCCAGCACGCCCGAAGGCCGCGGAUGCAUCUGCGGUGCCGAGUGUCCCUGAGCUCGGCCCCCCACUCUUCACGCCUGUCUCGCAGGUGUCUCCGUCGCUCCUCGAGCUGCUGUCUCGGUCUACUUUUAGACAGAAGCACGUGAUUUCUGUCAAUCAAUUCAACCGUGCAGAUCUUCAUCUUCUCUUUACUGUGGCGCAGGAAAUGCGUCUGGGUGUGGAACGGCAGGGAGUGCUCGAUAUCCUCAAGGGUCGGGUUCUGUGCAACCUUUUCUACGAGCCGUCGACCCGGACCUCGGCCUCCUUUGAUGCUGCCAUGCAACGCCUUGGAGGACGAACGGUUGUGAUCUCGACGGAGCACUCAUCUACGAAGAAGGGAGAGACCCUGCAGGACACCAUCCGUACACUGGGCUGCUACGGCGAUGCGAUUGUGCUGCGCCACCCUGAGGAAAGCAGCGCCGCGACGGCUGCUAAGUUCUCGCCUGUUCCGAUCAUCAACGGUGGCAAUGGCAGUCUGGAGCACCCGACGCAGGCGUUCCUCGACCUCUUUACCAUCCGGGAGGAACUCGGAACUGUGACGGGUCUCACUGUCACCUUCACUGGUGAUCUGAGGUACGGACGCACGGUUCACUCCCUGAUCAAGCUCCUCCAGUUCUAUGAUGUCCGGGUGCAGCUGGUGGCACCCAAAGCAUUGUCCCUGCCGGCGGAGGUGCGCCAGCAGGUUGCGGCUUCUGGGCAGCUCAUUCUGGAGUCCGAGGAGCUUACACCGGAAAUUGUCAGCCGCUCGGAUGUGUUGUACUGCACGCGUGUGCAGAAGGAGCGGUUUGCCGACCUGGAUGAGUACGAACGGUUGAAGAACAGCUUCAUUAUCGACAACAGCGUUCUUAAGCAUGCCAAGAGCCACAUGGUUGUUAUGCAUCCCCUGCCAAGGAACGCGGAGAUUAGUGAAGAGGUGGAUUUCGACCAGCGGGCGGCCUACUUUAGACAGAUGCGCUAUGGUCUCUACUGUCGGAUGGCAUUGCUUGCUUUGGUUCUGGCACCAUGA